AGCAGGAGCGCCUCAUCUGUGAUGGUGUAUUUUUCGACGGAGUAUAAUGAGAGAUGCUGCAGCUUGCAUUGACGAACAGGGGGCGAGAAGGAGUGGCGGAGCAGCAGCAGCAGGGGGCGGUGGUAGGAGUGUCGUCGAGGCGCAUUUGCGGAGGGGCAUUCUGCUGGUGAAAAUCUGGCAAGAAGUGCUGCGGGUGAAAUUCGAGGGCGAGAAGAAGGAUUUGUUUGGCAGGCUGGAUGAAUUCAAGAGAGAAAUGUGGCUCCUGUUGGUAGCCGCGGGCUCGGGGUAUCUGGCGCGAUGCUGGCAUAAGACUCUGAAGCCCAGGCCUCAUUCGCAACUCGCGGACCAUGCGUACGAAGACCCCGAUGAGCGACCCGGGAGCCCCAACUAUUCCAGCGCGCACCUCAUCGAUUCGUCGUCUCCCAAUGGAAUGCGCUACGCUUCGCACGGCCAUCACGUUUCUCCCCGAGGCUCGGGUCGUUCGUUUUCCUCCAAAGGCCUGAGCAAAAAGCUCUUCUCCGAAGGGGCCCAGGCGCAGUCCAAGACUCCCCAGAAGGACAAGGAGGGCGAGCCCAACGGGGGCCCCGAUGACUCCAGGAGACUCGUUGGAGGGGUGAUUGACAAAUCCCUUGACGCGAGGUCUGAGAGCCGGAGGAGUCCGUGGUCCAGCUUCAAGGUAAAGAAGAAACAAGGGUCGGCGGACGAUGCCGAAAGGGAAUCUUCAGCUGGUUGCCUCAAACGGACAGGUGACAAAUUUCGCUGGGUUAGGGAGAGGAGGAAAUCCAGUUCCGACAACGAUUCGUCAAGUUCUCGUAGCCUGCAGGCUCUGCUCGCCGAAGGAGAUGAGACCACCGCGUCAGUUGCCGGAUCGAGCAGCAGAGGAUUUGCAUCUGCUGCUCAGAGCAAGAGCCAGUCAAUUGACUUAGACAGGUCCUUCACUGGGCCGUUUGUGAUUGAGGGUAAAGAUGCUCCCCAGCCUCCUCAGGUUUCCGAGGAACUGCUAAUUAGAGGCAUUGUCCGCGAGAAAGUUUCCCAGUUCGAACAAGGGAAAGCAAGUUCCAGUUCCAUCUCCAAAGGUUCACCCGAUGCUAAGAGCACGUCCUCAUCCGCUUCCAAAGAGGAUUCGUCGAGCUCGGGUGCUAAAGAAGACAAAGGCAACCUCUCCCUCAAAGCUGAGACUGUGAACGCCGUCCUUUCUCUGAGGGCUGCCAAUCUCGCACAGGCUCAAGCACAAGCCCAAGCCCAGGCCCACGCGCUGGAAAGGGAGAAACUGCGAAACCUCAAGCUAGACAGCAUUACCAGCACGAGUCAAGAUGAGGAGGAUGUCUUGUCAGGUGGAAAAGGCAAAAGGAGAACGGAUGUACGCAAGUACCCGGGUAGUGGAGAAGCUGCUCUUCUACCAGCAUUACUGUCGGGGAAGAGGACUAAGGAUUCCAACAAGCCAAUGUCUCGGGACUCGAGUGAGGUAACAUUGACAAGUCUCACGGGCAAGAGGAUGAAAGACAGAGAGAUUGCCGAUGAGGACAACGAGGACCAAGCGGAAUCUUCCUUGGCUUCUAUGUUUGGGCCCAUUGAUCUCUCCCAGGUCUUUUUCGGGUUCGACAGUAUGUUCUUUGGGUCACCUAAAGACGAUAAAUCGCCAGCGAGAGGUUCCAAACGGUCCAAGUACAUGAGCAGGUCUGGUAACAGAAACCUUCGUAGGAUGAGAGAGUCUCCAAAACCUGUUUCUGCAAUCGAGAGCUGUCUCAGAGCGCAGCAGUUCAGGGAUGAGAGUCCUCAUGUCGCCAGGACUCUGAAUUUUAGCUCCUACGGUGGAGGAGGAGAAGUUAGUCCGUCGUUUGGUCAAUCCGAUGAAUCACAUUCCCCGAGCACCCCCUCGAAAAUGGUGGAAUUCGGCGAGAGGAAAGGAAAGAAUGCCGAAUUUGAAGACGGUAUGCAACCUGAUGAGCUCAAGGGUGUGAUAGGGCUCCCCCUCCUGAGAACUCCACGAAGGAAGGGUCCAUCAUCACACCGUAAGGACGCCCAGUCGUACAAGGGAGGGUUGGAGUUGGUUCUUGCAGAAUCGAACUUUCCUAGGACUGUCAUUUCGGAAGAAACAGAAAGAAUAUACCCCAGCCAGUCGAAGCUCAAUGACGUUGUCUGGAGAAGAACUUCCCUUCCAGUUUCGUUGAAGAAAAGAAAGGUUUCACAAGCUGUCACACCUUCUUCAAUUCCGGCUGAUACUACCGGAAAUGCCUACGAAUUUGAAGCUUUGGUCAUUCCGCCUAUGGAGGGACUACUUUUCAGUUUCGGAGUUGGAAUUGGAGUCAUGUCCAUUAUGGAAUCAUCGGAGAGUGAGAUUGACAGGCUUGGCAGAUUACUGCAAGAAUCAGAAGAGAGGAUCGAGCACCUGAACGAUCUACUGAGAGAAUCAAGACAAAUUACAGCUGACUUUGGUGGAUUGUCCUCUCAACAGCUGCUAUUAGCCGGGAGCAUUUCCAGUGACGGACGGGUGUUCGUAGAGGUUGGCAACAACAAACCUCCGAGAAAUGUUUUGGCCCUCGUUCCUGUAAUAGAUGAAACUGGGAGAGAAAGAACUGAUUUGUUCAGGAGAGAGGCACCUGAAACUCCGCAACAAUUGGAACACAUGGCUGAGUUGGAGGCAGAGCUGGAAGCAGAGCUAGGCUUGCUUACCGCUGGGAUUUCCGAGGAUUUCAACGGCACGCCUGACUUUGAUGAGUUGGACCCGGAAGGAGUGGCGGGUGUGGCCGAUCGUGAUUUGGUUGUCGAGGGGUUACCAGCUGUAUUAGAUUGGGACGAUGACAAUGAUGAUUUCGUUCCUGCCGAUGUCCCAAAUCAUUCUGGGGGAGGUGUGCCUCCAAGAGAACUAGCUAGACUUUUGCGGAAGGUGAAGAAUUCUCGACAAGAGCACCAGAUCCACGAGCUUGAGGCAGAUCUCAUAGAGGCAGAGGAAAGACUGGAGAAAAUGGAGAAAGAAUUGCAGGAAUUGAAGCAAAGAAUUGGAUCCGCUGCACCUUCUAUCACAGGUGGUACGAUGAAGGUUUCUGAUUCAGCUGCCAUAGACCCACAGCCCGAAAUGGUUUCUGAUGAUCAAAGUUCACAGGAGGCCCAACCUGAUCUCCGAAAGGACCAGGUACCUGAGGUCGAGGAGCAUCCUGACUGUUCGAGUGAUGGUGCCUCGUUGGAAAAAGAUGCUGCUCUGGAAGCCAAGAAGCUUGUUUCUGAACAGUUCAGCCCUACUCUUCCAGACAAACCCAGUCCCUCGAGCCGCGCUGCUCAACCGUCAAGCCUCCGGGGAUCAGUGAAGAGCCUGAUGCUGUCGGAGGAAUCUAUGGAAACUGAGGCUCAGGCUGCGAAUGAUGCCGUCUGUGAUGAGUUUCUUAGUUCUGUUUUUGGUAGCACCGCAGAAGGUGCGCAAUUUGUCGGAGUGGAGGUGGAGGAGGAGGAGGAAGAAGAGGAUUUGGAUAGCCCGGAAUUCAACGUUUCAGUCAUCGAGAUGCCUUUGUCUCCCGUUGCCGGUGGCAAGAGCAGUGACCCCGCAGCUUAUAAAAACAAUUCAAGUAUCCCAUCUGCAGGUGAAACGAACUCCUUGCUACCGGGUGUUCCCUCCAAGGCGACCGGGGAAGAUUUGGACCAUGUCGUCGGUGAGCUGUUACGAAGAGACAGCAGCACUGUGAAAAACGCCAUAAAAGAGUUUCUUUUGUGGGAGAGAGCUGAGGCAGAUGAGACUAAUCCGAACAUGGAGGAACUGGUGGAGGAAGAAGCAGCUGCGCAAUCGUACUCCAGACGAGCUGCCGGAAAAUACUCAACACCUCAAAAAUCCAUGAUGUCUACGAGACUUGAGCAACUGGCAAGAACGUCUUUCGAAAGUGAGAGGCCGCCGAUUCGCCCCGAGGCUCCCCCACCGCCGUUUGGUACUGCCAAGUUAGAUGAUAAAACCAUGAAAUUGUUCGGGCUACGUGACCGUGAAGCCUCGGCGAACAUAAAGGAGCGAAACCACUCUCCUUUGCCUAGAAGAGAAACAACGAAGGCUGAAGCAUCGAAGGUGAACACAGCGAAGGAAGGUGCCUCUCGUUUGGUGGCUGCUGAGUUGUCUGCAGCUGACAGUGAAUUCCAGAGUAUUCUAGAGAAGAGGCGGGAACUGAGAUAUGCCUCUUCGAAAGUUGGACUUUCACUUGCUGGUGCUCCUCCAGUCCCAGAGCGCGAAGGUGGGACCUUCUCUCGACACAGAGAAGAUCCAAGCCGAGCGGGAACGAACUCCCCAAUCCAAAAGUUGUCAAACAAAAACUUGUUCCAUAGUCCUCACACCAAGAACACUCGCAUCUCAUUAGAGACACAAAAUAAUAGGUUGUACCAAAAUCCUAUGUCAGAUUGGUUAGCAGAAGUCGGUAGCCCACCUUCAGAAACCUCUUAGUGAUAGUUUAAUAAUCCAGUGAUACACCUGCCCAUGACUUGAAAUGUUGUAAACCUUACUGCGAUACGUCUGCUCACCCUAUUUCCCCUUAUUCAUUCCAGCCUGGUAGUUCUGUUGUAUAUAGAUACUGAAAUUAAGAGACUGCAUUCUCUACUUUGGAAAGAGGGGUGUCACAAGGCUUUUUUUUCCACUUUGCCUUGGCAAUAAGCUAAUCCAGAACAUGACACAGAUAGAACUCUGCAAGAGACUGGAAACUCGUGAUUGCAGAUCACAUUCGAAACCGCACGCAGGGAAACCCAAAGAGUUUCGUCUUGUUAUCCCGAAGUGUUUUUCAUUGCAGGAGAAGGUCGGUGAACGGCUUCAGGUUGUGGAAAUAUCUCUGACCCUUGCCCUUCAGAGAGGGAAAGGGAGUGCAAACAGAUUCUUAGUAUCCAGCUGGCUAGUCCACGCCAGAAAAAGGCUUAUUGAUUCAUAGGACGGAUUGUGAGAGUUAGGAGUCCGGUGCAGUUGGUUCCUUGUACCACAUGGUAUCUUGUCCAACUGUUUUCUGGUGCCACAGGCUUGUAAUUUCUUGAUGAUCACUGAAGAAGUCUCUCAUUGCAGAGCUCUAUUGAAAGCUCUUAUGUCACCGGUGUUGGAAUCCGCUCACCUGUGAGAAAUUUACUUGCCGAAAACAACUCAGAUCUCUUAUUUUGUCCAGUUUUGAAGUGGCCC